AUGGGUGAGACGAAGUUGGAUGACCUCCAAGUAUGGACCAGAUCUACCUGCGAGCGGUUCAAAAGCUCGGAAGCCGCCCGUAUGAUUACCCAUAAUCCGAGCAUGCUGUUGUACAGUACGGGAUUGAUCUGUCUCACUGCGUGGCUGCUGAUACGGGCUGUGACGAUCUUCAGGAAGCCGAGACAUGCCAGACCGAGAACGCCGGAUUUGGAGAAGCCAACAUCUAGGAAUGGAAAAGUGCAGAGACCACUAGGAGAAUUGGACAACCACUACAUGAAGUACCAUGACGACAAAGCCAAACGUAUUAUCGAACGUGGCGCCAGAUCUUGUUACACCGAUCCUUCGGCAUUUGAUGGUGCCGUUGAGCUGCUCGAAGAACUUUGCGCGUAUCUCCCAGAACGUUACCCUACACUCUACAGACGUACUCCAGUCGGUAUGGAUAAUCUUCUCACUAACGAAUCUUUCAACAUCGUGGAACGGCCACUUGCAGAAGAUCCAAUGCAGAUGGCGGCCCGCUUCACGCAGGAUGAUCUAGCCAUUAUGUUUGAGAAGGAAGAUGGCCAAUACUAUCUUCUUGCUGGAGCCAUCUUACUUGCCGGGUUUUGGCGUUUGGAGGAUAAAUUGGGGAUGCCACUGAGUGAGAUCCACACAUCCGGCGACGUGCCGGGCUACAAAGAGAAAUUGGAGAAAGGAAUGAUGAAUUUUUUUCGCAGGGUGCAGCCUAAUGCGCCCGUCCAGCGUAACAACUAUUUCAUUCAAGUAGACGAUCAACUAGCAUGGUCAUCAAGCAUUGGCCCCGAAGAUGGAGAACCCGGUAGCGUGAGUUGGGAUACUGCGGAGAAGAACAGAGCGGUUGAACAUCAUUGGUUUCGUUCUGAACGACAGACGUUGAGGAGACUGCCGAGAUCUGGCGGUGUAGUGUUCACGAUCAGAACGUAUUUUCAUCCGAUCACGGAAAUAUGCGAGGAGCUGUAUGUACCUGGGAGAUUGGCAAGUGCCGUGAGAAGCUGGGGUGACGACGUGAGUAAGUACAAGGGGAAGGAGAAGUAUGGUGAAGUUCUAUUGGAGUACCUAGACAAGAAACAUGAAGAGCAAGUUGAAGCGGGGCUGGAUGUGGAAAAGGAAGAGGAAGUCAGAGCAUAUCCAUACUAG